AUGAAGUGGUCGUGUCGAGAUGGUAAGCUGGUCUGCGAUCCCGAAGAUGGUCACAAGGACAUGUGUGCCCAGCUCAACGUGGACUGCUCAAAGGAGAAGGACAGCUCUCUUGGCAAAGACAAGGGAGGAAGUUCCUUUAUCCAGGUCGGUUCACUGGCUUCGCUUGAUGAUGACACUUCGCCGCGGGCGGUUAUCCACAGACACCGGAAGAACAUGAUCAACAUCGGGGCGUAA